AUGCCUGCAUUGAACGAUCAAUCCAAAAUUGACAAUGAGCUGAAGCACCUAUUUCAGAUACCUUUGAUUACAGACGCAGACACUGCGGAUCAGUAUUAUCAGGCCCAUUUCGAUCGAAUUGCAAGCGCCAUGCUGCUUGACUACGAUUUAUGCAUUGGGGAGAACCGGUACAACAUGUUGGAGGUGGAAGGCUACUUGAAAACGCAACCGGAACACUUUCACGCCGAUCCUUUCUGUCACGGGCAUCCUCUGCAAAAACGAAGCGGUGCAUGGUUCUUUCAUCAUGUCGGUUUAUCCCAUGGAUUCCGUGGCGGCAGUCGUAAAGGGGUUGAUAUCACGGUAGGCGAUGCCAAAGAGGGCAGUGCAGGCGGUAUGUUGAUUCGGGCUAUCCAAAACGAGUCGACAGGCCAGCUUAUCGAAGGACCCAGUCUGGUGGUGAAUGAAAUCCUGUCUGUUUUGGGCGAAUCCUCGAUCAAGAAUCUUGUGGAAAGCCACUGGCAUGAUCAUCCUGGCUGGUCGUAUGCGGAGGAAAGCCGCUUCUAUUUGGCUCCGAAAAAAACGAUUCACAGUGGCGUCAAACGAAAAGCGUCCGAAUUUGAAAUCUACAAAUCGCCACGAGUUGGGCUCGGUUUAACGAACCAUUCACCGAGCAUUGAAAUGAGGUUAUCCUUUGUGAAUCGCCCCUAUCGAUUUGUUAUUUCACCAUGGCUGCUCAAGAAAGGGCGAGUUUGGACCAUUUUCAACAUGUUGGAGACGGAGGUCGACCAGGAAGACAUUGCCACCCUCAACGAUACCAAGAGCAACAUGGUAGCGAAAUACAAAGUUGAAUACGACCUUGGAAAGGACCUUCCGGUAGAGACGAUCAAGUCGUGUCUCAAGAACAAGGAUAUCGUCCACGGCGGUGCUUGGUGGAAAAUUAGAGUCAUGAGCGCUAUUCAGUGGUGGGCAUCCCAGGACGACCCUGUUCAAUUUUCAUAG